AUGUGGGAUGAGUUACAUGGCAAACUUACGACUGUUGCUGGAAUAGUACCGACUAAUUCGGUCUAUAAAAACAACAGACCUGUGAAGCUGCCAUGGGACACAUCCUCAUUGAAGCGCAUGAGAAAGAACAAAGAUAAAGCAUGGACUGCAUUUGAUAUUGAACCUUCUAGUGUUAAUCUUAGUCAUGCAAGUAGUAAACAGCUCAUCUAUGAGAAUGAGGAAGUGAAAGCAAAGAUAAGAUAUGAGAAGAAGAUAACUUCCAAUUUAAAGAUCAAUUAUAACAUUAAAAGUAAAGUUAAAAUAUUUGCUGAUGAUCUUAAGCUUAUAGCUAAUGCCUCCGAGCAUGAAACUAUAGCUAAUGAUCUGAACGAACUAGAGAUGUGGGAGAGUAAAUGGCUUUUAAAGUUUAAUCCUACUAAGUGUUCAGAAACUGAUUGUGUCAGAGAGUGGCUGGAAAUCUUUGAAAACGCCGCUUCUGUGUUCAUUUUCGCACACGCAGAUAAGUUACCAGAUGACGCAAACGAGAAAACUGCUAAAAAAGCAGAACUCAUGAGAACACUGUUAACAGUCAAUCUGGGGCCUGACGCGUUGAAGAAGUUGCGUGCAUUUACAUUUCCAGCUGAAAUUAAAGACACUGACUACGCUACCCUGAGAAAAACUCUUGUUGAUCGGUUAUCACCCAAAACAAACAUUGUAGCUCAACAGCAGAAGUUUAUGACGUUGAAUCAGAUUGCUGGUGAAUCCUUAUGUACUUUUAUGUCACGAUUGAAGGAAGCUGCUAAUGUUUGUCAGUUCGGUGAUUUGUUUGAUUUAAUGGUGCGUACACGUUUUGUGGCUGGACUAUCCUCUGAUAGGAUACGUGCUGAACUCAUAUCAGAAUCUGCUACCAACGACACGUCUGCCAGCCUGUUUGAUAAAGCUCAGACGAAGGAGAACGCUCUGCAAAGUUCAAUAAACUGUCGCAAACCCGGACAUAUCGCGAAGAACUGUCGUUCAGCUAAGAAGCAAUCCCAUUGUGUUGAAGGGAUUGGUGAUCAUGAUGAUGGCAACGCUUGCGCUGCUGAUUAUGGGUACACACAUCAAGAGUCGGAGAAAACGUUGUACUGCGUGGAGACGGCUGAUCCUGUCCAGAUUCCAGUACAGAUUCCUGUUCCCGAUGGUACUCUUCCUGCAUCAGUUAAAUUGCGAGUAGCUAAUUUUAAUUGUGAAAGCAUUGACUGCAAGGCCCUUGUAAACGUUGAAUUUAGAGGCAAGAAAUGGAUUUUACCACUAUAUGUUGUCGAUUGUCGGUUUCCCACACUCCUAGGUCGAGAGUGGAUCAUCCAGAUGUUUGGUAAAGACUGGUUGGAUCAUGUGAUAGGACUUGUUGAUGUUGAGCAAUCUUACGCUGUCUCCAAGCUUCAGAGAGAUGAAUUUGUUAGUGAGAUACUCCGCAGUCCUGUGUUCGAUCCUGGUGUUGGAACUGUUAAAGGAUUCGAAGCUUGUCUACAAUUUAAGCCUGAUGCGAGAGCAAAGUUUUGCAAGGCAAGGCAGGUCCCAUUUGCCAUCGUAGACAAGGUUGGGAAAGCCAUAGACGAGUUAGUGAAGAAUGGACAGCUGAUUCCAACAGAGCACUCAGACUGGGCUUCACCCAUAGUUCCUGUCAUGAAAGCGGAUGAAGAUUGCUUGAGUAAGAUUGUCGGAGGUAAACUGUUUACUAAGCUGGAUAUCAGAGCCGCUUAUAAUAGUUUGAAGUUGAGAGAAUGUGACCAAAAGAUUGUGACUUUGAACACACACAAAGGAUUGUUCAGUCCUACUUCUCUACCAUUCGGUAUUUCAUCUGCCGGACCGAUAUUUGAACGCAAGAUUGAUGAUACCUUGAGAAAGACAGAGAACACAGCAUGGCGUGUUGACGACAUUCUAAUAACUAGACCUGAUGAUGAGAGUCACAUGAAGAACGUGAGAACGGUGAUUACAGCACUAGAGAAUGAAGGCUACAAAUGCCGGCUAGACAAGUGUGUUUUCAUGGAGCCUAAGGUGACAUUUCUUGGCCAUGAAGUAUCUGCUGACGGGAUAAGACCGCUGAGUUCGAAAGUUGAAACCAUAGUGAGAGCACCGUAUCCUACUACUAGAGCGGAGAUGAUAUCAUUUCUUGGUGGUGCACAGUACUAUUCGCGUUUUAUUCCCAACAUGUCAACAGUUGUUGAACCACUUAACCGUUUAAGACCCGCUGACAGUAUUUUCCACUUCGGAGAUAGAGAAAAGAGAGCUUUUGAUGAGUUAAAAGCACUGUUAUCGUCUGACUUGGUUCUAACAGUCUACAACCCUGAGCUGGAGUUAAAGCUUGACACGGACGCUUCAUCCGUUGGUUUAGGAGCUGUUAUGUCACAUAUUGAUGAAAAUGGGACAGAGCGACCGAUCGAGUAUAUAUCUCGAACGAAAUCUGAGAGAAACUAUUCCAUGAUAGAAAAAGAAGCAUUGGCAAUAGUUUGGGCGACUAAGAGACUGCACCGUUAUCUUUUUGGACGACCGUUUACCCUAGUUACAGACCACAAGCCGCUGGAAUCUAUCUUUCACCCUAGUCGUGGAAUUCCUAGCAUGGUGGCAGGUCGUUUACAACGAUGGUCAUUGUUCCUUAGCGGUUACACUUACAAGAUCCAGUUUCGACCCACUGGUAAACAUUGUAAUGCUGAUCUAUGUUCCCGUUUUCCACUGCCUUUAGACACAUCGGCAGAGACGAGAGAGUUUGAUGACGAGUUAACAGAGGAGUUUGAAAUGAAACCUCUAGAUACUGUUUUCAGCGUGCACUACUUCGGUGAUGACAAACCUUUGAUUGACGUUGAGUUAAUAGCUAGUCACACGAGAAGAGACAAGACACUUGGUCGAGUGUUACAGUUUGUUAAAGACGGCUGGAACGAGAAACCCCCUGUUGAUGUCGAGCUGAAACCGUUUUACACACGUCGAAACGAGUUGUCAGUAGACCAAAACUGUAUUGUCUGGGGAUCUCGAGUUGUUAUUCCAGAGAGUAUGAGAAAGAGCGUGCUUUCAAUGCUUCAUGCAACACACAUGGGCAUUUCACAGACCAAAGCACUAGCGAGAGGCUAUGUUUAUUGGCCAAACAUGGAUGCUGAGAUCGAGAAAAUGGUUAAACUAUGUGAACCAUGUCAACUAAACCAGAAGAAACCCGCUAGAUCUACACCACACCCAUGGGCUAAAACUAUGGAGGCUUGGGAGCGGAUUCAUCUAGAUUUCUGUGGACCCUUUCUUGGAUCUAUGUGGCUGAUAGUUAUCUGUUCGUAUUCAAAAUGGUUAGAAGUUGUUAGAAUGACGAACAUUACAAGUAAGAGAGUGAUUCAAGAGUUACGAGACAUCUUCAGCCGUUGGGGACUACCCAAGAUACUAGUAUCAGACAAUGGAUCGAGUUUAACUUCAGAAGAGUUUAAAGUAUUCACGAAUAAUAACCAGAUUCGACACGUGCUUAUUCCUGCUUACUCACCUGCAAGUAAUGGACAAGCAGAAGUUGCAGUCGGACUGUUUAAAAGAGCUAUGAAACGGAUGAUCUUGAAAAACCCUGACGUUAUGUUUGCUUUAAACGAUCAGAACACGAUUGCUGAAUCGAGACUUCGUGAUCUGAAGAUUGAUGACACUAUAUCGUUCUAUGAUGAGAACAAGAAGUGCUGGAGAAACGGUGUUAUCGAGGGUAAGGAAGGUACCAAAGUGCUACUGAUCAAGACACCUGAUGGAGUCUACCGCAAGCAUUUGGACCAGGUAAUCAAGAGAUCUGUUGUGUCAGAACCGUUGCAACAAACAGAUCCGGAUACACCACGAGUUGAGCUGGAGAUAAGAGAUGAGCAGAGCUCUACAGCUAUUGAGGGUGAUUUCAAGAAGACAGCUAGCUUACCUGAGAGUACAGAGCCGGAAACUUCGAUUAUAGUUGGUAAUAAUCCAAAUCUACCCGCUGAGCCUGACCAUAAGGCAGCCGUUGAACCUAUAAUCACUGCACAACCUGUACUUAAACCACGUGAGCUUGCCAUAGAAAUUAACCGUAGCACUAUGAAACCUAACAUUGUUAGAGAGCAUGAAUUGCAACAACCUAAUUUGCUUCUGCCAGCAAACUUUGCACGUGAUAGUAAACCACCAGACAGGCUAAGUUACCGCAAACUGGGAGGAACAUAA